CCCACUUUGCUUGUGGAUAAAUCCUCUUUUUCUGCGCUUUGUGUGCUCAGAACAAAAAGUGUUCAUUUUCUUUCUCUCUUCCAUUUUUCUGUUCUCGAGAAAAUCUGAAACAAGACGUAACCGAUUUUUUUUUGUGAAGAAAUAUUUGAUAUUUAAUGGCUGAAAUUUUGAUCAAGACUAGCUUGGUUUCUUCUUGGCAUGGAAACAGAAAUCAACAACUUCAAAGGGCUUCCAUGGUUCCAUCUUUGAAGCUGAAAUCUCAGUUUCUCAGAUCUUCUUUUUCAUCUGAGUUUCAUGGCAAAAAGGCUAUCUUUCGUGUAAAUAGAUCAAUACCUAAAAGGGUCAAUUCACAGUUUUCAGUUUCUGCUGCUCCUAAGAUGACACUUAGAAUAGGGAAAGCUCAGAAAUGGUGGGAAAAGGGUCUUCAGCCUAACAUGAGAGAGGUGACUUCAGCACAAGAUCUUGUAGAUUCACUUUUAAACGCAGGGGACAAGCUUGUGAUUGUUGAUUUUUUCUCUCCUGGUUGUGGUGGAUGCAAAGCCCUUCAUCCUAAGAUAUGUCAAUUUGCUGAGAUGAAUCCUGAUGUUGAGUUCCUUUCUGUGAACUAUGAGGAGCAUAAAUCCAUGUGUUACAGCCUUAGUGUUCAUGUGCUUCCUUUCUUCCGGUUCUAUAGAGGCGCGCAGGGUCGCGUAUGCAGCUUUAGCUGCACCAAUGCCACGAUCAAGAAGUUUAGAGAUGCAUUGGCGAAACACACUCCAGAAAGAUGCAGCUUGGGGCCAACCAAAGGGUUAGAGGAGAAAGAGCUCAUAGCUCUAUCUCAAAACAAAGAUCUUUCCUUUACAUACACACCUCAACCUCUGCCUGCAAAUGAAGAGUUGGGGACCGAAGCUGUCCCUGCGAGUUCAGAGUCGCUUCCUUUACAGUCAUUGACGUCGAAUUCUGAAUCGUUGGAGAGAACUCUAACCAGUGCUGGAAGAUGAUGCGGUCAGUUUGUAAGCAACCGCGUCUUUUGACUUCAUCCUUGUACAGUGUAGGUUUGGUGUAAUACCAUGAAGCAGUAUAUAUACUUGUGAGAAUGAAGAUAUGUCUCUGAAGAUCAAGUCACAUAGUGUGUAUUCCUCCAAGGCAGUUGGAUUUAUGGUUUUUUGGAUCCAUGCCUUGCUAGUAUUAGGGUAAUUUUAAGCCCGAAGAGUUAUUAUUAGUAUUAGUAUGGUUUCAAAAAAGGUCUGCGACCACAAUUUGAUGUUUUGAUGUCGCUGGUCGACGCGUUUAACAUCAAUGGUUUUGAUGUCUGUUAUCACUGCAUAUAACUGCGGCGAUUAUCAAGAAUUGUAAAACCUUGAUUAUUAGUUACUAGUUGCUGUUAUUUUUGUGUGAGGAAGAAAGAAUCUCUAUCAAAUGUUGUAAGAUGAAUGUCAUUUUAUUCAGUAAUGGAUAAUCUUGCUUCUGUUCUA